CGUCGCUGCAUCGCAGAUUCCAUUAGUUCUCUUAGCGACCGGUCAUGUCUUCCACUUUGUCCUCCGAUCUGUCGUUUCAGUUCGUCUUUUCGGAAGGCCUUGCUCUACGAGGCGCUCGGAUUGAAGACAACGUUCCUGUCCUCUUGUUUACUCCGUGUCCCAAAAUGCCAACUAUCAAGGAAGAAGACCUAGCAGCUGUGCUGCGAACUGUCUAUCUUGACGAUACGUAUCCGAGGUUUUUCUUUGAAACGAUCGUCACCCCAUUCCAUCCUUUCCUUGGAAAUUGGCUGAAAACCUACUCGCCCAACUGGUUGAGGGGAACCGGUCUAGGCGAGCUGCUGUUCGAAGCAGAUUGGAUCAUGAAAUGUUUGAUGGCGGGCGUGCGCUCCAACAAAGAGAUGACCAAGUUUACAGCAUGGGAGGAAACCAGCAAUCUCGAAGGCUUUGCAUCUAAACUCGACUUUUUCCCCGACGAGAAACCAACGUCAUUCUCCGUCUACAUGUCUUGCUGCCCAUUGAAAGUGUAUGAGACAGACAACGAACUGUGGUUUUCGGAAGAACCAAAGAUCAGGAUCGACGACUACAGUUGCAAGGCUUAUUCGGACUACAUCACCGCCAUCUUUGAUAGCAUUGCUUAUCACGAUGAGCCUCUCUUGUUGAAAGUGCGAGAAGUGCCGAAGCUCGUACUGUUGGCUAGGUGGCUCAAAGGUCAUCGCGUUCCAAUCAGUACCAACUGGAUGAUGGAGAAAACCAAACCCAUUGCGGUCGACAACACACAAGGGAAACGAAAGUUUCCAUCCGUGCGGAAAAUUAAAAAGGCGUUGAAGAAAGUGGGUUUGAAUUCGAAUACGAGAGCCCUAGUACCGCAGUUUGACCAGGUAGUCGACAAAGAUAUUUCAAACGUCGAAAUCGUUGAUGAUCGCUUGAUCAAGUGGAAGGAGACCACAAAAGUAAGACCCAUCUUUCCUGGUUUUGAACCAACGACGGUGACCUGCAAAGUGACCGCAUCUUUUGACGACUUUGACCGUAUUUACAACGGACUGUUGGACCCGAACAUCCCGAUUAAUUGGAGCUUUGCAGUAGGCCCGUACGUCAACCCUUUUACGAAGAAAGAACUUGAGCCAUUGUCUGUCGGGUCUUGGUCGGAGCUGAGCUGCAUGGUUGUCUCGCCUCCGGCAGUCUGGCAACCCGCUGUCUUGGGGUUUAAUUACCCCUGUACAGGUGGAGGUGUAAACCUGGGAAGUGCAACCAAGGUUCCUACGACUGUUUCACCCGUCAAACAAAAUGUGAUGGAAGGUGUGCUUGGAGGUGCUAUCAAACAUGAGCAAUUUCGAGGAUAUCCUGGUAGCAAUAGCGUGGGUGUUGCUGCUACACGUAAGAAAGUUAAGUCUAGAGAAGCUCCAAAAUCCGUGGUUCCAAAAGUGAAGCAAGAAAAUGAAGUCCCUACACCUGCAGUUGCCGUAGAUACAGAGCUCCACAGAAGAAACAAAGCCAUCAAAGUCGCCAGUAAAGGAAAACGAGUCUAUGGAACCUGCAAUAUCGACACAGGUGAGGUGGAUUGUUACACCUCCACUGGAGAACAAACAUUUUGCAGAACCAUGCUGCAUCAACGACAAGAACUAUCAAGUCCUUCACCUUCAUCUCUAUCUGGCACUUUUGCAAGAGCCUGCCAAACACCAGUCUCAUUCACCAGCGAGGAAUCGAGAAAUGAACCCGGACAGGAUCUACAGUUGCCCUUAGGUCUGUUAUGUACGGAAAAUCAAUUACUUAGGGGAGCCACUACUGAUCUUUCUCCCACCGGUUCCAGUGACACCGGCUGUGGUGACAGUGUUUCUUCUGAAAAUCAAUUACUUAGUGGAGCCGUUACUGAUCUUCUUUCUCCUACUGGUAGCAGUGACAGUGGCUAUGGUGACAGUGUUUCUUCUGAUGUAGGAUCCAUCUUCACCAAGGAUUGAACAGUAGUCAACAGAUUCUAUUUAGAGUUACUUUCCUUUGCGUGUCCGUUUGGUGCUGUGGUAGUAUAGACUGUCGUGGGUUUGCUUUUUGUGACAAAUACAAAAAUAGUUUAACAGUAGCUUUUUGGGCAUUUGCAGCAUUUUUAAUCUCUUUUGUGCUAAUUAACAUUGUGUGUAGGUAGGUGUUGGAUCUCUUCAUUUUCAAAUUUAUUGUAUCUUGGUGAAUUAUUAUAUAUUAAAAUAAUUAUACAAUGUAUUU